AUGAAUCAGGAAUUUGAUUAAAGAUUAAAUUUUUCGCAAUAGCAAUUUAGAGAUUCCCAUGAGGUUAGUUAAGGCAGCGUUUACACUAGCGAUAGAAAGGGUUUUCAUUAGAUUGGCAAGGAAAAAAAUUUAAAUGUGCAGACUAACUCUAUUCGUUUGCAAUAAAUUAGAGAUAUUUCUGCAGGUCCUAUUAUUUAGAGCAGAAAUUAGAUUGAUAAUUAGGAAUAAAUUUUAAUGAAAAAGAGAGAAAGCACGCCAGCUUCGGCAACAAUUCCAUUCAAACCAAUUGUUAAAAGUAAUUUACAUUUCGAAGAACUAUCAAAAAAGUAUAAAUUCAGCGUCAACGAAAUAAAAAUUCUUAAAUCAAGAUUUGAUACUAUUAGCAAGAAAGGAAUUUUAACACUUUAGAAUUUCAAAGAUAGCUUGGGAAUUAUGGGAAGAGAUAACAAUUUUGUAGAUAGAAUAUUUAAACUUAUGGAUGAAAACGGUACAGAAAAAGCAGUAUUUGAAGAUUAUUUGAGAUAUUUGUCUUAGCUUUUGAAUGGAAAUUAAAAUGAAAAAGCAAAGUUAUCUUUUAAAAUUCUGUCAAACGGAAAGAAAAUAAUUACUUACGAAGAUAUGUAUUAGCUUGUCCAUCAAGUUUCUUACUUGUGGGCAAACAUGACAUCAACUAAUUGCACACCAAGCAAGGAAUAUAUUGACAGUAUUUUUAGUAUUUUUGAUUAUGAUAAAGACGGAGAAGUGUCAUUCGAUGACUAUUACAAUAUUUACUCCUUGGAAACUGAAAUUUUUGGAUGGUUUGAGUUCUUGAAUCAAAGUGAAAUAAAUAUCUAAAAAAUGAGAGAAGAAUAUGAAAAGUACAUUAAAAACAAAAGAAAAGGUUCUCAUUAAAGGCAUGAAGAACCCUAGCUCUAAAACAAUGAAAACAAUUUAAGUACCAAAAUUCAUGACAUUAAAUCUAAAUUGGGCGAUCUUUCUAAAAACUUAUUAGACUCAUUAAAUAUCAUUUAAGCAGAAAGAGAAAGUAUCACGAAAGCUUGUUAAGAAUAAAAAGAUUUACUGAAGUAACAACAGGAUUAGUCUUAAUCCUCAUUUAACAACUAUACUAAUUAGAUAAAAUAAAUGAGGGGACCAUAAAUACUAUCUCACUCACCAACUGAAAAAUCUGGAGACGAUCACCCUGAGGAAGAUGACAGUCAUGAAAACUUAAUUUUAUAGCUUUAGUAGCAUCAAUAAUAUUAUAAUAAAAUUGAGAAUCUAGAGUAGAAUUUUUAAAAUGAUAUUGUUAGAAAAUUAAAAUAAGUUUUGAGCAUAAGCUAGAGCAUAAGAAACAUUUGCAAUAAGCAAGAAGAGAAAGAUAAUAUUGGUUAAAGCAUUCAACCAGGUAGCUAAUAAAAUUUAUAUCCUGUUUCUCCUUCCAGGAGAAACGUUAAGCAACUAACUAUGAAAGUCCAGCCCCGACAAUUAUCUAAAAAGCCAAGCUAGAUUUACUCUGACAUUUCUCCAGCUAUAUUCUCUUCGCAUAAUAAGACCAAAUCUUAUGAACAAAGUCCAUAUUUACAGAAUACAUUCGAUUCCACUGCUCAAAAGGAAGAACAGCAAGAUGUUAGAAAAAAUUUAUCGAUCUAUUUUGGACAUUAAAAUUGGAAUCUAGUGUUAAAUAUGAUGAUCGGAAUUAGGUAAGCUAUUGUUGAUUUGUAUCCCUCUGAGUAUGACAAAGAACUAUAAGAUGUUCAUUUUACUGAUUACAAAAUGUAUGACUUAUACCCAAAGAGAAAUUCUGGAUAUGACAUUAAAGAUACAUGCAAAUUCUAUGAUUAUGCUCCUAAAAUAUUUGAAAGAAUCAGAUCUUUUUACGGCAUAAAUAAUGAAUAAUACAGAAGAUCAAUAGGUCCUGAAAAUCUUUUGGGGAAUUUAAUUAUGGGAAAUCUAAGCAACUUAACAGAAAAAUAUUCAUCAGGAAAAAGUGGAUCUUUCUUUUACUACUCAUAUGAUGAUUAAUAUAUGCUCAAAACAAUAAAGAAAGAAGAGUUUGACUUUUUCAGAAACAUAUUAAAGCCUUAUUAUAAUCAUGUUAGUAGCUAAAGAGAUACAUUAAUGAUAAAAAUUUAUGGAUUGCAUAAAAUGGAAGUAUACAAAUCUAAAAAUAGCUUUGAGGAUAAGUAUUUCUGUGUAAUGGGUAAUCUCUUUAGGUGGAAUAGAGAUAUUUCUGUUAGAUAUGAUUUAAAAGGUUCAGAAUAUAAAAGAAGUUCAAGAACUAGUAAAAACUAAAUAAUAGACAAAUCUAUAGCUUUAAAGGACUAAGACUGGAAAGAAGAUAAUAGAUUUAUUAAUGUUUCACCAGAAUAUGAAAGAUAUUUAAAAAAAUAGAUAGAAAUAGAUACUAAGUUUUUUAUUGAAAAUUAAAUUAUAGAUUAUUCAUUGCUAAUAGGAUUUUCUGACAUAACUGAGUAAGAUAAAGAAGAAGAUUAAUUGGAAUUAUAAGCCUACUAUUCAAGUUAAGGAUAGCAAUAGUAAUAGCUUAGAUUUUAUGAAAAAUAUAAAGGAGGAAUUCUUAGUUUAGACAAAAAAUAAAUUCUUUACGUAGGCAUCAUAGAUAUUUUUACAUAUUUUGGAAUGAAAAAAUACUUUGAAUAUGCUAUUAAAACAACUGUUGUAAAUGAAAAAGUAAGCUGUGUUCCUCCAAAAAAAUACGGAGAUAGAUUUAAAGAUUUCAUGCUUAAAUAUAUUAAUUCGUCCAACCUUAAUAUCUAGAAUUGA